UGAGUAUACAAGUUAAUCGCAUUCAACAUAACCUACAAACAUCGAUUGUUCGUUUGUCAAUAGCUGUAAUAGUAAACAGUCACAGAAAAAAAUUUGGAUUAUUCGCUCUAUUAAGAAUUCGUAGAAACGCAUAUCAUCGACACGAUGCCGAAAUACUAUUGUGAUUAUUGUGACACAUACCUGACACACGAUUCACCGAGCGUACGAAAGACGCAUUGUCAGGGUCGCAAGCAUAAAGACAACGUGAAGUAUUUUUACCAAAAAUGGAUGGAAGAGCAAGCCCAACAUCUCAUUGAUGCAACAACCGCUGCCUUCAAAGCUGGUAAAAUUGCCUCCAACCCCUUCGCUGCAAACAAGGGUGCAGCUAUACCACCUCCGCCGAAUCUUGGCUCCAGCCUGGGAUCGCGAUCGGGUGUGCCACCUCAAGGCCCUCCAGGAAUGAUGCCACCACCAGGAAUGCAUCCAGCUGGCCCGAUGGGUCCCGGUGGCCCUAUGAUGAUGGGACCACAUGGACCAAUACCACCUCCAAUGAUGGGUAUGAGGCCUCCUAUGAUGGGACCACUAGGGCCAAUGGGUCCGAUGAUGGGGCCUAUAGGACCUAUGGGACACAUGAGGCCUCCGAUGAAUGGACCACCACCUCCUAUGGUAGGACCACCACCGAUGAAGAAAUAACAGACAAACUCUUAAUUUGCCCUGAUUACUUGAUACAUUUGAUAAACUCUACUGAUGAUACUAAAUGAUAAUACAAAAGAGAUCAUUUGAUGAUAGUAAACUUGGUGAUGCUAUGUACGAUGUCAUCAAAACAAUGUUGGACAGUUCAAAAGUUUACUUGUGCAAGACUGAAGUAACUUUGCAGUCUGGAACAUUAACAAGUUAUUAAUGGGAUUCAAAAUGACUGAUGAGUUAUUUUUCAAAUAAAUGUAACAUUGUCGGCAUCAUUCAUAUGUAUUAUAUUUUAUUUUAUAUCAUAUCUGGUAUUAUUAUAUGUAAAGUAAGAUUUCUAGGAUGUAGAUUCGAUACUUUUAACAUUAAAGUCACUAAGUUUCAGAUUUUA